GCAGAACACGACUACUUCACAACCACCAAAGAAAAGAAGAGGCCGGCCUCCGAAACGUCUAAUUAGAGAAGAUGAAGACGGCGACGACUACAGCGUCGCUUCCGAGAACGAUGGCGAUAAUUCCGUGCAAGUAAAGUAUCUAAAAAGAAGAAGUGGAUGCCACUAACUGGAGAUGCUCGCAAACAUAUUCAAAUUCUGUUGAAUGCUGCUCUGCUAGCUUCGACUCAAAAUGCUCCUAACAAGAAAUCAAAUCCCCAAGUUCAGCAUGUGCUUAACGAGGUUGUCCGGCGGAUAGAUCGAAAAUUGCUUCGAACUCUAGUGCCUGUUUCGACGAAGGAGAAGACAUUUGAUCGGGAGCAGCUCUCAUCACAAAAUGCUGCACUUCAGGUGGCAGUGAUGUCAGAAGUCGAGGAGAAUACCAUGUUGCAACAACAAAUAGAAGACGAAUUAAGCUUGAAAAAGAGGAGAAUGAGUUACGGUCACUUAGAGAACGAAACAGAACUGCAAGAACUGAGGGCAGUCAACAGCAGUCAUCUUCAACAUCACAACCAAAUCGAAUUCAUGACUAUGCGCAGGCGCUUAUGAUGAUCAAUCAAGUCCCUAAAUCAAAUAUGCA